ACAACGUCACGUCCUGAGCCGAGUGUGUGGAGAGAGGCGCCAUGUUCUCGGGAUGGACGCCUCGGUAUGGCGGCCCCUCCGCCUACCCUACGCCCCCACCGGGGGACCAGGGACUGCAGAGCUUUCGGGACCAGCACCGGGCCCAGCUGGAACAGCUCCAGAGGAUGCACCACAAACAGCUGGAGAAUGUUCUUCCUCUAGGGGCCCCCGCCCCCCCCAGACCAUACUACCCUCCUCAUCAGGCCUACCACUACCCUCCCCCCUACACCCAUAAUGUGCCCCCUCCGGGGUACCAAUCCCCCGCCCUCCCUCUGGAAACCGAAAAACCGCCCCCACCACCCCCUGCAACGGAUCACCAGCCACCGCCGCCCCCGCCUGACGGUGCACCCCCCGGCAACGAGGAGGACCAGAAGCAGUAUUGGUACAAUCAGCACCUGUUUAACCUACAACAAAAAGCCAAGAACCUUGGUAGAGAAGCCCCUCCUCCUGCGCCAGAGACUACGGCACCACCUUCUUCAGGAUAUGGCGCAGCACCUCAUUACCAGCAGCCUCCACCUCCUACUGUGGAGGAAGUCAAUCCGCCAUUGCCAGCGGAGGAUGUUGUGGACCAGCAGCAGUAUUGGUACAAUCAGCACCUGUUUAACCUACAGCAAAAAGCCAAGAACCUUGGUAGAGAAGCCCCUCCUCCUGCGCUAGAGACUACGGCACCACCUUCUUCGGGAUAUGGCGCAGCACCUCAUUACCAGCAGCCUCCACCUCCUACUGUGGAGGAAGUCAAUCCGCCAUUGCCAGCAGAGGAUGUUGUGUUGGAAGAUCCGGAACAAGCACAAAGGUUAAAGACCCUGCAAGAAGCGGCUGCUCACUGGCAGCAGCAUGAACAACACCGCAUAGGCUUCCAGUACCAGGGCAUCAUGGCAAAACACACCGCCAUGCAGCAGCUGCUCCAGCGCUACCAACAGAUUGUCCAGGAGCCUCCACACCUGGCUGCCAUGACUGUAGAUGUUCAGCUGCAGCACUUUGAGAUGGAGCAGAAGCAGCUUGUGCCGCUGUACCAAGAAUGGGAGAUUCAAUUCAAGAAGUGGCAGGAGUUACUGCAGACCUACCCCCACAAAGAUCAGCUGCAUGACUACCAGGUCCAGUGGGCAUCUUGGCAGACCCACAUGAAAUCCACAAAGGCACAUCUAAAGGAAAAAAUCGCCUCACUGAAAAGCUUAAAGCAAAAGUAUGGUGGCAGUCACUAUAUAGGAGGCAUUGCCAUGGUACCCCAAUACCCCACAUACUCGCCAGUCAUAUCUCCGGCUGUUCCUGCAGCUACGCCCGUUGCAGUGAGCGUACAGCCUCCCUAUACUGCUCCAGUGGCACCAGUGUAUGGCCCUGCUCUCCCACCUGUAACUCCAUAUUCUCAAGCCACGCCACCUCUUCCACCUGCGACUGCUCCACCCCCUCCUCCGGAAUCUAGUGCUCCGCCCCCUCCUCCGGAAUCUAGUGCUCCGCCCCCUCCUCCGGAAUCUAGUGCUCCGCCCCCUCCUCCGGAAUCUAGUGCUCCGCCCCCUCCUCCGGUAUCUAGUGCUCCGCCCCCUCCUCCAGUAUCUACUGCUCCGCCCCCUCCGCCACCUGUUGGCUCCCCUUCAGCAGAAGUUGUACAACCUCCUUUACCCCCUGACGCACAACCACCUCUUCCAGCAGAAAGCUUUACCUCUGCCCCAGAGCCUAAAACCACAUAUUUUCCGGCGCCUGCAUCGUCUUCUACCAGUCCUCCUGCUGCCACCACCACCAGCUCAUCUGUCAUGACAUCUGCACCCUCCACAAUGCCUACAGCAGGAACAGAUCCGCCAGUAACUUUCAUUCCCGGACUGUCUUACCCUCCCAUGCCUUCCCAUAAUCCUCCGCCGGAAUUUCCUUCUGGCUUGGACAAGCAAAUUGAGGACGUCAAACAUUUAAACCCACCUGUACUUCCACCGGCCCCUGAUCGGGAGUUGACACCCACUGUCCCUCCCACCCCACCUAGCAUGAUGGCAGGGGGGCCCUACGAAGCGCCCAGAGAGCCAAGAUUCGCAGCCCAGGGACAUGGUUUUGCACCUCCUUCUCGUUUCCCCCCUCCUGGGUCACAUGGUUUCUAUGGCUCUCAUCCUACUACACAUGACAGGGAGAGCCAGCCUUGGACAAAUGAACAGAAGGACCAGUCCACCCCAGCAGCCGCAUCCAAGCAGUAUUUAGAAACUAGUGAUCAAAAGGUUCCAGCUAACCGAUGGGACCGACCAAAAGAUAAUCCUGAUCAGUCCUGGGAUAUACCUAAACCACCUAAUGUUGCAGAAUCCACAACCAAGGAGAUGGCUGAUUGCCCCCCUGGAGCAGUGUCAGAUGGAGAGUCAAAGAACCCAGCAGAAAUGUGGAACAGGCCUGAUGGUCCUCAGUUUAACAAGCGGGGUAGUCAAGGUGAUGACAUGGGAAAUAAAUGGGAUCAACCUCCUGAUAGUAGAUGGGGUGGAUCUAAUGAACAGUCCAGUGAUAGGCGGAGCAAUUUUCAGGAUAGGUGGGGUGUAGAAAAUACUUCAUCCCCCAUAGACAGAUUUGGGAAUGCCCAGAAUUCUGGACCAAACAGGUUUGGUGGUCCUGAGGUUGCUCCCUAUGAAAGAGAUGGAAUGGGUCCACCAUAUGACCAGCAUGCUGCUCCUGAAGUUCCUUUUCGGGAUAGGUUUGGCCACCCUGAUGGUUCUCAGCGCUUUAGGUACAAUGCACCAGACUUGCAGCCAAGGGGAAGAGCUAGAUUUCCCUCCAUACCACCACGGGGCAGGUUUCCAUUUUCUGAAGGCCAUCCCAGACACAGGUUUGGUGCUCCAGAAGGUCGACCAUCCAGUUUGGGCUAUCCUGAGACUUUUUCAAGAGACCGCUUUGGGGGCCCUGAGUUGCCAUCUCCUCAGGACCACAUGGGAGGCACAGAACAGCCACUUGUUCGUGAUCACGUUGGAAGCCCCGAACGGCCAACUUCUCAGGAACGUUUUAGAGGUUCUGAACAGCCACCUUCACAGGAUUCAUAUCAGGAAGGCUUUAGAGACCCCAAGAUGCCAUCUACCCAGCGCCACUUUGGGGGACCUGAUAUGCUUACACCUCAUGGCCGCUUUGGUGGCCCUGAUGUUUCUGACCGUUUUAGGGGCCCUGAGAUGGCGCCUGGUUCUGGGGAUCGAUUUAGGGGCCCUGAGAUGCCACCUAGUUCUGGGGAUCGUUUUAGGGGCCCUGAGAUGCCACCUGGUUCUGGGGAUCGUUUUAGGGGUCCUGAGAUGCCCCCUGGUUCUGGGGAUCGUUUUAGGGGCCCUGAGAUGCCCCCUGGUUCCGGGGAUCGUUUUAGGGGUCCUGAGAUGCCCCCUGGUCCUGGAGAUCGUUUUAGGGGUCCUGAGAUGCCCCCUGGUCCUGGAGAUCGUUUUAGGGGUCCUGAGAUGCCCCCUGGUCCUGGAGAUCGUUUUAGGGGUCCUGAGAUGCCCCCUGGUCCUGGGGAUCGUUUUAGGGGUCCUGAGAUGCGCUCUGGUUCUGGGGAUCGUUUUAGGGGUCCUGAGGUGCCCCCUGGUUCUGGGGAUCGGUUUAGGGGUCCUGAGGUACCCCCUGGUUCUGGGGAUCGUUUUAGGGGUCCUGAGAUGCACCCUGGUUCUGGGGAUCGUUUUAGGGGUCCUGAGAUGCACCCUGGUUCUGGGGAUCGCUUUAGGGGUCCUGAGAUGCCCCCUGGUUCUGGGGAUCGCUUUAGGGGUCCUGAGAUGCCCCCUGGUUCUGGGGAUCGCUUUAGGGGUCCUGAGAUGCCCCCUGGUUCUGGGGAUCGCUUUAGGGGUCCUGAGAUGUCCCCUGGCCCUGGGGAUCGCUUUAGGGACCCCGAGAUGUCCCCUGGCCCUGGGGAUCGCUUUAGGGACCCCGAGAUGCCCCCUGGCCCUGGGGAUCGCUUUAAGGGCGCAGACAAGCCCCCUGGCCCUGGGGAUCGCUUUAAGGGCCCCGACAUGCCCCCUGGCGAUCGCUUUAAGGGCCCAGACAUGCCCCCUGGCCCUGGCGAUCGCUUUAAGGGCCCAGACAUGCCCCCUGGCCCUGGCGAUCGCUUUAAGGGCCCAGACAUGCCCCCUGGCCCUGGCGACCGCUUUAAGGGCCCAGACAUGCCCCCUGGCGACCGCUUUAAGGGCCCAGACAUGCCCCCUGGUGACCGCUUUAAGGGCCCAGACAUGCCCCCUGGCCCUGGCGACCGCUUUAAGGGCCCAGACAUGCCCCCUGGCCCUGGCGACCGCUUUAGGGGCCCCGACAUGCCCCCUGGCCCCAGCGACCGCUUUACGGGCCCCGACAUGCCCCCUGGCCCUGGCGACCGAUUUAGGGGCCCCGACAUACCCCCUGGCCCCGGGGACCGCUUUAAGGGCCCCGACAUGCCCCCUGGCCCCGGGGACCGCUUUAAGGGCCCCGACAUGCCCCCUGGCGACCGGUUUAAGGGCCCCGACAUGCCCUCUGGCCUUGGGGACCAUUUUAAAGACAGUGAUAUGCCCUUUUCUCAACCACAAAAUAGAUUUGGGGAUUUUGAUGGUCCACGUCGGGAUAAUUGGAGCCCUGCUGAUAAAGACAGUUUUGGUGCUGCAGAUAUGCCUUUACAUGACCGUGGAGAUAACAGGGUUCCCUUUAGUGAUAGGUGGAGCCCAGGUGAUAGAAAAGGGAGACCAGAUUGGCCACGGGGGAGAGGUGAUGGGGGGAAUAGGCCUCCUUUGUUGGGAGGUUCUGCUUUAGAGAAGUCUGAAAUACAAGGUAACACAGCAAAUAUUACCACUAAAAGUUAUCAAAGCCAAUUCAAAAAUAAGCACAUUUCUAAAGAGACUGAAGUCGGUCUGGGUGCCGAUUCUUUUGCUGGUGAUCAGAGAGAUGAAAAACAAGAGCAGCAAAAUAUUGAUAUGAAACAAGUUGAUGAGCCCUCGAAGGAUGGUGCACCCAAGAAAGCAGAAGGUCCAGCUGUCCAGGAUGCUUCAAAAACUGCGACCUCAGCAUCUUCUGAGCUGCCUAAACCAGUAGAAGCUGCAGAUUCCAAAAAAGAUACGUCUAAAGCUUCAGACUUGCCUAAAACUGAUCCAUUGGGUGGCCAAACAUUGCCUGACCCGAGUAAAGUAAAUAAGCCAUUGCCUGCAUCAGUUCAUUCAGAUGCAACAAAGGGUCUUGGUCAAAUUGAGACAACAAGUACAUCUGAUAAGGGUGAAAUAGAAUUGCCUGGCCCCAGUAAGCCUUCGGUGUCACAGGUUUCAUCUCCCAAGACUGCUAAACCAGAUGUUCCGCUACCUACCCCAUCAGUGGUCAGUAAGCCAGAAGAGCCUACUGAUGGUCCAAGUUCCUUUGGCAAACAGGAUGCUUUUCAGAGUCCUUUCCCUAGUAGGUCAGGUGGCCUGCUCCCUACUCCUGUGUUAGGUGGCCCUUUUACACCCCAUAACAUGCCAUCAUUCAGGCCACAGGCUCCUCACUCAUUGCCAGGUGACCCUUGGGCUCCUCCAUUGAGGGCUGCUGAUCCAUGGGCUGCUCCUGUUAGGCCAACUGGACCAAGGGGGGCUCUUCCAGUUAGGCCAGGUGGCCCUAGGGCAGCCCUUCCAAUCAGGCCAGGUGGUGGGCCAAGGGGAGCUCCUCCACUCUGGAUGGGUGGGCCCAGGGCUGCUCCUCCAAUCAGGCCGGGUGGACCAUGGGAAGCUACUCCAGGUGGGCCAAGGCCAGAUCUUUUAGUCAGGCCGAGGGGAGGUCCUUCAGUUAGAAUGGGUGGGCCGAGGGGAGGUCCUCCAAUUAGAAUGGGUGGGCCGAGGGGAGGGCCUCCACUUAGAAUGGGUGGGCCAAGGGGAGGGCCUCCACUUAGAAUGGGUGGGCCGAGGGCAGGUGCUCCUGGGGGACCCUUUUCUGCUUGGGAAGAGCCCCUAGAAAGAAUGGCUGAAGGUGAGGACAGUGAUAAAUAUGAUUCGUCCACGGGAGCUGAUCCUUUGUGUGACGACCCCUAUACCGAGGCAGAUGAAGAGGAGGGAACUUAUUCACAUGGUCCAGAGGGUGGUCAUGGCAGACCAGAACUUCCUGAUGAUGAUGAUGCAGGGGAUUAUUUCCACCAAGAGCCAGACAGGCAAGGUGGUUUUAGAGAAGAUGAUGAACCUUUUGCACAAGAUUGGCCAGAAAAUUAUGAUGGGCGAUUUGAUCGCCGUGGUAGAGGAAGAGCAAGAGGGUUUAUGCGUGGUCGACCUCCACCCAAACCAGGCAGCCGUGAGAGAGAUCUUUUAGAUGACAGAGACUUUGAGCCACGAGGACAUUUGCCAGAUGAGAGAGCUUUAUUUAGAGAAGGUUUGAAGGAGCCACCACCAUUUGGUCGAGAGCCUUUGCUUAGAGAACCAAGGUUUCUUGAUAGAGAGCGGUUUUCUCAGGACCCACUCUUAGAGGCGCGAAGGAGGGAUUUUGCACUCGAGGACGAGAGGUUGGAUGAAUGGGAAAGAGAGAGAUUGUGGAGAGCUCGUCAUCCAGACCUCCUACGAGAUCCGUUUUUGGAUCUAUAUCUGAGAGAUGAACGACUGCCCUUACGGCCACCACAUCUUCCUCAUGAUCCUCGGUAUGAUCCAUACCUAGAAAGAGAACUCGACAGAGUCAUUAAUUACAACAGGCUAGAAAGACCUUCUUUAUUUGACCUGGAUCUUGACAGAGACUAUCUGAGGAUUCCAGACGACCUUGAUUUACCACUUCGGGAUAGAGAUUGGUUGUCUUCUCGAAGGCCUUUGUCGCCACAUCGUCCAUAUUCUCCUGUCCGAGCACGUUCCCCUCUACCACCACUCCCACCAAUUGACCGAUAUCUGGAUGAUAGGUGGAGAUUGGAUAGAGAGUUGGCGGAUAGAGAGUUGGCAGAUAUAGAUUUCCGUGAUCGUGGUGAGCUCCGUAUUAGAGAAUAUCCAGAACGCCCUCUGUGGCAUGAAGACAGAAAUCCUGAUUUGCUUUCUGAAAGAUCAGAAUUGGAGCGCAAAGAUGGUCGAUGGUAUCCACCUGAAGAAAGAGUGAGCGAAGGCCCGAAUACACUUCCCGGAGAUUCAGAUUCAUCGGCUCUUCCUGAACAGUCAGAGAUGCCAGGAGGGGAGGCUGGCGCAGCGAGCGUUCUGGCCCUGAGUCAGCGGCAACAUGAGAUCAUUCUGAAAGCGGCACACGAGUUGAAAAUGCUCAGGGAGCAGAAGGAGCAGCUGGAUAAUUUAAAAAACUUUUUUGGCGAUGAAGAACCAUCGGCGUCAGAUGUAAAGGCCAGUGGGGAACCAAAACAGCCACUACCUAAUGUUCCUGUGACUGGAGCGGACCCAGCAUCCUCCACUUCAACAGCCGGUAGAGCUGUCGGUGACCAGUUCGGUGAACUUUGGGAACAAGAGAGGAGGGGGACUUUGAGUUCAAAACUUUCUGGAAUUCAGCAAACUGUGGACUAUGCUCAUGGCCGAGAUCUUGCUAUUGGCAAAGUGGAGCAGACUCCCUAUGGUGAGCGGGUUAUGCUCCUUCCAGAGCCAACAAUGGACAGAGGUGGAAUAACCCCAUUUCAGAAAGACUUUUUGUUAGAUUCGUUUGAUCGUGACUUCAGGGACCGUGAUCCCUACUAUGAAAGGAUGAAAAAUGCAGAUCGGCGAGAUUAUGAACGGGAUCGCUCAGAUAGAGAUCGUGCUGAUCAUGAGAGGGAUCGUGAUCGUCAUUCCCGAGAAGACCGGUCUUCCUACCGUGACAAAGAGAGCUCGAGCCGACGUAGCACCUCUGACAAACAACAAUAUGAUCGGAAGGUGGAUCGACCUGGAUAUGAGGGGCCCCCAUCAUCGUAUGGAGGAAGCCGUAGAAAUUUCCCAGAGGAACCUCCCAUGCCUGCCCCACCACCAGAGAAGAAGCCAGAGACCAAAAAUGUAGAUGAUCUUCUUAAGAAACCUGGACGAGAGAGUCGGCCUGAUCGUAUUGUGGUAAUCAUGAGGGGUUUGCCAGGAAGUGGAAAAACGCAUGUUGCUAAACUGAUUAGGGACAAAGAGGUGGAGUAUGGUGGAUCGGCCCCCAGAGUCUUGAGUCUUGAUGAUUAUUUCAUCACGGAGGUGGAAAAGGUUGACAAGGAUCCAGAAUCAGGAAAAAAAGUGAAAAGAAAGGUUAUGGAGUAUGAAUAUGAGCCAGAAAUGGAGGAGACGUAUCGUAGCGGCAUGCUGAAGACCUUCAAGAAGACUCUCGAUGAUGGCUUCUUCCCAUUCAUUAUACUGGACAGUAUCCAUGAUCGUGUGCGUCAUUUUGAGCAAUUCUGGAGUGCUGCCAAGACUAAAGGAUUUGAGGUCUAUCUGGCGGAGAUCACUGCAGACACCCAGACGUGUGCAAAGCGGAACAUGCACAGCCGAAAGCUGAAGGACAUAAACAAGAUGUCUGACAACUGGGAGCCAGCUCCACGUCACAUGAUUCGCUUAGACAUACGCUCUUUGCUUCAGGAUGCCGCAAUUGACGAGGUUGAAAUGGAGGAUUCUGAGCCUUCAUCCGAGCCACAAAAAGAUGAGAAAAAGGGGGCGGCUGAAGACGAAGACAACGAUCGGGUAGGACAGGCUGCAGUGUCUUACAACUCAUGGAAAAAUGUUUAUCUUCCGAAAAGCAAGUGGGAGAUGGAUACGUCUGAAGCCAAACUGGAUAAGCUGGACGGCUUAAAGGCCAACAAGAGGAAGCGGGACUACGAAGCGGUGUCUAGUCGCAUGGAAGACUAUCUACAACUUCCGGAUGAUUAUGACACGCGGGAGUCUGAGCCUGGGAAAAAGAGGGUCAGAUGGGCCGAUCUGGAAGAAAAGAAAGAUGCUGAUCGGAAAAGGGCCAUAGGCUUUGUUGUUGGCCAGACGGACUGGGAUAAGAUAACUGAUAAAAGUGGACACUUGGCGGAGCGAGCACUGAACCGCACCAAAUACAUUUGAGGUGGUGCCCUCAGAAGGCAGUGAAGACGGCAGUGAAGACGGCAGUGGAUGCACUUCUGUCCCUACAAGUUUAAUUUUAUUUUGUUAUGUAACGUAAAAGUACAUGAUGCAACGUCUUAGACUCGGUUGUAGUAAUAUUAUUGUCCCGGAAAUGUGCAUGUGUUUGCAUUUUAUAUUCUGUGUAGUUCAUUUAAAGUGGUUUACUAGAGAAAUAAAUUCUGUGGACACACUUGCCUCGCUUGUAGAUUCAUUUAUUUUGUCUGACCAAGAAGAUUCCAGAUGCACAUGGUAGACAUCGAUUUUUCUGGAAGAUGGUUUAUUUUGACGACACCAGGUGACGUGCGCAACGUCUGAAGCUUUAUUUCUAAUCCUUGUUGGACUUCGCUGUGUGUUUUUCAGCAUUUUUGUUGUAUGUUUUUUAAUAUAAAUAAAUACUUUUUUAGUCA